AGUCUCUCUCGUGCAGUGAAUGAAGGCGGUGGUGUGCCCUGCCCAUCCCGCCCACAACCACCACCACCACCACCCACAACCACCAUCACCACCUCCAUUACCACCACCACCACCUCCUCCCCUUACCCUCAAAACAUGACCUAAGCGUACCUUGAAUACGGCGCAAUGUACCGCGAAUUGUACCUCGCCCUGCCCACCUGAGUGUACCCGCGUGUACCUGGGCGUAGCUGAGUAUACCUGGUUACCUGUGUACCGCUUGUGUACCGUCAGUUUGUGAGGUACCGAUUCAGAAGGCUGUUUCAGUGUUAUGGUGUGGUGUGGUGUGAGGAUGUUGGUGUUACUGGUGUGGUGCAACAGUGUGACAUGUUGGCAGUGGUGCUGUAAGUGUUAAUGCCAAGUCCCGUCUCAGCAUGGUGUGGUAGAGGCGUGGCAUGCCGGGCCGCGCCGCCACAGCUGCGGUGGUGGAGGGUCGGCCUGAUGGGGGCGCAGGAUGAAGCCGACACAUAUGGCUUCACGCCAUCCCGGCAGCCCCCUGGGCCCCCGCCGCUGGUCCAGCAGCCACAGUCUGCCAGCUACCUUUCCUCCCCCCCCCCUUCCCGCCCCACUGGCCAUGCUGCCCCCCGGCCCCAGACCUACCGCAGCCUGAGGGGCAUCCUGACCAAGGCCCACCCCUGAGGACACCCCUCGACGUGGCGGCUCCGUAAGGGACUAUCAGGACACCGGCCCCCGCACCCAAAGGGACUACCAGGAUGGGCCCCGCUUGGCCCAGCAGGACCAAUACCCCGAGCCUCCGCCCACAUGAGCCUCCAGGGACUACCACUACGACCAUACUGGCCCCAGGGACUACCACAAGGCCCUCCCGGGGUGCCAGGGACUACCAGGGGGUGGCUAGGGAUGCAAGGGUGCUGGACUCCCCCCGGGGCACCAAAGAGUACCUGGACAGCACCAGGGGAAGGGGUGGAGUACCCUUCGGCUCCCAGGGACGGCAGUUUUAGCCCCUCCAAGGCUGCCCGCAGCUACCAGGACCUGGCCCGCCCCUCGGGGGAGUACCAGAACAUUUCCCGUGCUACCAGGGCUUACCAGGACACUGCCACAACCCCCCGGGGUGCCAAGGAUCUGGAGGGCAUUCCCAGGGCUGCCUCUAGGGACUACAGCAAGAACGUGCCACGGCCCCGGUCCAUCCGCACCCACCAGGCAGCCUUCAGGGACGCUCCUCUGCCAGGGAGUACCAAGACCGGCCCCGCUCCUCCUCCACCAGGGGCUACCAGGACAACCACCGGGGCACCAGGGACUCCUCCCGGGGCAGCACCAGGGAGUACCCUGAGUCUACUCGCAGCGGACUACCAGGAUCUGGCCCGGGGCACCACCAGAGACUGCCAGGACUCCACCAGAAGUAGCAGGACCUACCAGGACAGCACCAGGGCCACUAGGAGUUACCAGGAUGGCCCCCACCUCACCAGGGACCACCAGGGGUCAGGCAGGGUCACCAAGGGCUACCAGAGCAUGCCCAGAUCCACCAGAGAAUACCAGGACACUAGGACUACCAGGCCACCAGGAGCUCAAGGUCAGACUCCCUACAAGCCCUGA